CGUCGCGCAUCACAGCCGCGUGCUUCGUGCUACGUACAUACCGCCGUUACGCCGGUCGCUGCUCGUGCUCCGCGCCACGCUUCCGUCGUCGGAUUUGUUGAUGUUUUUUUGUUUUUUGUUUCUCCUCGUGUGACACGUGCAAGUUUUUUUCCCGACCACACACGUUUUUUAUCGCGAAUUUUUCUUGCAACCGUUAAUGUUCAUCGACAUCACAGUGCUCGCCGAAGUCAACUUCCACCGUGGCUUGUUUUCCUUUUGAUCGCAUAUUUUUUAUUCACGGACGUCCGACGUACGUUAGGUCCGCUUACAGCGACAAAAUGAACGUCGUAAAUCGACCACCACUGCAAGUGCAAUACCAUUUUUAACAAAAAUUAUUGAUCAACUGCAAAAACAUAAGGUGACGUGUGCGUUUAUAACGAAAACGAACCCUCCAUCGCCGUGGUUCGACCAUGCCGCCGUCGCCACUGCUGUUGAUGGUACUGGCGAUAUUGCCGCCACUACUGGUGCUGUUGUUCUGCAACGCUGCCGCAGUAAGCUCUCAAUUGGCAUGGACACAAAUCUACGUCGGUUCCAACAGCCAAGUGGACUUAUGGACACAAGAAUCGCAAGGAUGCCGAUGCAAUCAUGAUUUACUCAGACAGGACUGCGCCUGUUGUGUACCACAGGGCGGAUGUCAAUGCGGAGCACUAGCGCUGAACCGUUGUGCGCAAUGCGGUUUGGAGCAGCAUUGCACGAACAUGUGCAACGUCACGAUAAAAGCUGAUAUGCUGUUGGCCCGUUCAAACUCGACGUUCGGCCAGAUCAAAUCUCCCGCGCUGUCUGGUCCUAACCACUGUUGGUAUACGCUGGACCCUGGAUACGACAGGCGUGUGGAACUUCAAGUUUACAGGCUCGUCAACGCCGGCCAUUUCAACGGUUCAAGUUGCGUAUCGGGAUACCUGGAGUUGCUGGAUUCAUUUGGACAAGGAUCAGGGCCCCGGAUAUGUGGCCAAGACGAACGGUUGUCACCUCCAGUCGUCAUGUUUGCGGAUCGAGAAUCGGCCGUAUUGAAUUUUCGAAUUGAAGAAGCUACGUCUAGAUCACAAUUUUUGGCAUAUUUCAGCUUCACUUCGCUAACGAAUGUUCAUGGUCUAGCGUUCAGGCCCAAAGGAGGCAGAAGGAUAGAGCACACAGUUUGCGAUUGGCUGUAUCAAGACUUUUCUUGUAACAAAGACUCUUGUACGCUUGCUAGCCCAGGGUUUCCGGGAAUCUAUGGUACAAACCUUUAUUGCAAGUACCAUAUUACCACAAGCUCCGUUCAUACCAAAGUACGACUACAAUUUCUCACGUUAUCAUUACCACUCAAUCAUUGUGGAGCACAUUACAUUAGCGUUUACCAAGGACCAACAUCCAACAGUCCUUUGCUAACUACAAUUUGUGACAAGAGCGCAAAAGACCACACUUUUCCCGGGCCAAACGUGCUACUUGAGUUCAGGGCUGGGGCUUCGAUUCCUCCGUACGACUACACGGGCUUUGUGGCUACUAUCGAGUUCAUCGAUGACGAGAGCACGCAACCAGCCAGUACUGCGGCCACGUUGGAAGCAUCACCGUAUCCAGCCGUCGCAGUUCAAAGAAACUUGAGGAACGACCAAUCGUGUGAGUUGACAAUCAAAUCGGCCGACAUCAAGUCUGGACAUUUCGAUUUACGUGGUAUGCAAAAUUGGAAAACAAAUUGCACUAUUCGUUUCGAAGGGAGAGAACCGGAGAUCGUGCACAUAUCCUUGUUUAACUACGUGCUCAAAGCCAGUUCUUGUCAAUCAUUCAUUGAAAUUUACGAUGGACCAGAUAUAAGGUCGAAAGAUAAAACCAAACGAUUGUGCAGUCCCGUAGAGAAUCAUGCUAGGGAUACAAAUGGCAUGUUCCGUGAAAGACAAAUGUUUGUUUCGUCAGGGAAUCAUAUGACGCUCCUCGUCCGCAGAUUAAUGGCAAACAAUCAAGAUGAAGAGACCGAAUAUUUGGAUGGUGCCUACAGUUUCUUUAAUGUAUUAGAAAGAGGGACAUUGCAACCGGACACGUUGUGUGAUGUUAACUACAAUGGCAGAAGCAGUUCAUCUAGAGGGAAAUUGAAACAUCCAGGAACCGAACAAAUAUUUUGGAAUGUCGAAGGACAAUUGAGGUGUUCCCAAAAUCUCAUUCCAGCUACCAAUCAAAGCAUAAGCAUCAAAGUUAUAUCGUUAAAUAAAAUGUCUUCGAAUCUAUGCUACACUGAAUGUGGGGACGGUGGGUGUCGUUGUGUCAAAAACGCUUCAUCGGUCGUCGAUCAGCUAUAUGUCAUCUCGACAAACGAUGACAUAUUGUCCUGCAUUUGUGGCGAUUUUCAGGCGGAAUGGUUACCAGUCACCGUCAAAUCAUGGUCACCCAUCAAGUUGGUAUACUCGGUAUCAAAGUACAGCUGGGCCAACAAGGGGUUUGAAUACUCGGCCGAAUAUUCGUUCAAAGACGAUAUGGUGUGCGGUUAUCGGGUCAUCAACCAACAUACCGGCAUACUCGAAUCUCCGAUAAUGAUCAGGGAAAGUCCACUCAAUUUCUAUUACCAUCAGGAUUGUACGUGGUUACUAGAUUCAAAUGUCGAACGUCACUUGACCAUAGAAAUAGGAAGUUCACAAAGUCGUCCUUGCUCAGCGUGGAAUAUAAGCAUUCACGAGUAUUCGGAAAGAUCAGAUGACAAAGCCGGUCCGAUAUUAUACACAUUCUGCUCCAGGGAAAAAAAUUCAACCAACACUCUCCCGUGGCAAACUAAUAUUGUUGUAAUCAAGCUAAGAGCAAUGACGCAGACUCCGCCUCAAUACUACAUCAAGUGGAGAUCAGAUGUCGAUCGUGCCAGACUGUCUGGAUCGACGGCCCAUACAGCCGCUGCAAGUGCAGGAUCACUAAAAUUGGCAAAUGAUUGGACAAUAUUAUUAUUUACCAUCAUAUUUCUUUACGUAAAACAAAUGAAAAACAGUUGAAUAUUUGUAUUAUUGCCAGUUUAAAUUAAAUGUUUUUUACAUACGUAGUUUUAAGUAAAACUUUCUACAAAUAAUUGGACUAUGAACGAUUAUUUCCGGUUGUGACUGUUAGUAUUUUAUUGAUUUUGUGCCAAACUCUUACGUAAAUAUUUUAUUUAGUAAUUUUAUCAGUUUACAGUUAUAGAUAAUCUGAUAAUUUAUUUGCUGAAUAUUUCCAUAUCAUCUACUGAAUGAUAAAAUUAAUAACAAAAAUCUACUUGCACCUAUAAUUGUUUGUGUAUAAUCAUUAAACUACGAAUAAAAAAUCAUUAUACAAUCAAAUUAAAUAAAUACAAUAAAAAAAUUUGUAUGAUAUUUCAUAUAUAUUAUUUUUAUUCUUAUAUGUUGAUAACAUUAUAUUAUUAUUUUUUUUUUAUAUUGGUCUAGAGCCCGGCAAUUAUGCCCAUUACCUAUUGUGGGGGUUACGGUUGUAGCGGUAUACUUAGGGCAUUGGGUGGUUUUUUUUUCAAUUGUGGCCUAACACAAUAACCUAACCUAACCCGUAAGUUUUUGUCAUGCCCUGUCGGGGGAUGGCAGCCUCUCUCUCUAGACAGUUGCCUGCCCAGAGAGAGGAGCCGUCCGUAGUCGAGAUUCGAACCGGCGACGGUACGCGUCGGAAUCGACGCCGCGCCGUAGUCCAAUCGGCCAUUCCGUCCCCCUGAAACAUUUUUAUUCAACAACAAUAAUGUAUGUACCUAUUACGAUAUUAUAAUUUAAAAUCAUGUAACUUAUUGGGACCUGGCCUAGUCCCAAAAAUAAUAUGAUGCCUAAUAGUUUCCAAGUAUCAACUAUAAAAUUAAAUCAGUUAGUAUAUGCACCUCCUACCUAUACCAUAUUUUUAAAUAACUCAAACAAUAUAAUAAAUAUAUUUUUUUUUUUGUAAUUAUAAAAAUUGAUUUAUCAUGUAGUUUUAUUAAUCUUGUUUAUUAUGAAAACUCUUAUUAAACUACCAAUUUUUUUUUAAGAAUAAAACAAAAAAGCUAAAAACUUCUAGUUAUACAAUUUAUAUUGGUUACGUUUUCUGUAAGCUCGUAUAUUUAUACAAUCAUUUUUAUAAAGACAGUGAGUUAGAGGUACAAGUUUACCUCUACCUAUAAUUUAAAUAUUAUUAUAUUAUACUUACAAAAAAAUUUAAAAAAAAAAAAAUAGAAACAAGAAUAUAAAAGAGCUAGGUAUAGCAAUACUUCAGAAAUAUUAAAUUUUUUCAAUAAUAAAUUGUAAAAUCAUUUAUGUACACUUUUCUGUUUAGCUGAAAUAAUAAACCAAUGUUUAUUUUAUAUUUUAACGAAAAAUGCUUCACCCCUAAAGUGUUACAAAUUAAAACUGUAUUGGCGUAAAGAAAAGAUAAACACUUUUUUAUACCUAUUUAAUUUUUGUAAAUAAACAUGGCCAUUCAGCUGUAUUUUCAAUAUGGAAAUCAAAAAAAUAUGCUGGCCCGCCGCCCGCAAUAAAUAUUAAGGUACCAUAAUUUGAUGAUAACGAAUGUACCUAUUAUAAUACUCAAUUAUAAUUAUGUUAAAAUUAAUGAUAAUAUUAACUUUAUUAUUACUAACACAUUGAUAACAUUAUAAUAAAUUGGCCAUUUAAAUUUAAGAUUUUUAAAAUAUAUAAAUGUUUAAUGUACUGAUAGAUAAAUGUAGCAGUUAUAAGAACAAGAAUAAAGUUCUACAAAAAUAUUGUUGAUGUCAGUCAGCCAAAAUUGCACGAAAAAAAAUAUAUAUUAGCACUUGCUAAUUUGAUUAAGCUACUUUUAUUUGUAUAUUAUGUUAUAAUAUUAGUUAUUAUAUGGUUAGGUUAAAAAGUAUCCUAUUUAUGUUCGGAUUAAAUUAUACUGUGUAAAUAAUUUUAAAUUAAAUAAUAAUCAUAUUAAAUCAUUUUAUAUCCUUAUUUAUUGAAUAUAAGACAGUUUUCGACUGAUCUAUUUUCGUUAAAUAUCUUAUAUAACAAGAUCUUAUUAACAUAUUAUGUUUAUGUAUAAUGUAUAUAAUAUAAUUAUUGUUGAUGAAUUAUGUAGAAAAUCAUAGUAAAAUGUUGACUAUUGGGAAUUUGUCCAAUAGUGUUUGGACUUAAUUGGCUAAUAAGUGCAGUGAAUAUUAUAUUGUUUAUUAAAUAAUAAACACAUUUUUGUCGCCAUAGUAUUUUUAAA